GUUGGGGUUAGACUUACGCAAACUGUUAUGUAGGAACUUUCCUUUCACCAACGUUCAAAGGAUUACAGGUUUGUGAAGAAUUACGAAAAUAGCAAACUAGUAAACCAUUAAACUCAAUUUUCAAAGCUUCUCAUUCAAUCAAGUGCGCUUGUUCAGUAGAGCUUUGACCACUAAGGAAUUAACGAAUUUGCAGAGUACUAAAAUAUAACGCAUAAUCGAAUACGAAAAUGAAACUUGUAAUUGGAACAGCUGCUGAUGCUCCAGUUCCUGUGUAUGACUUUCAAAAGAAAGAAAUCACAGAACGAUUAGCCGGAGUGUCUAGUCCAACAUGGAUCGAAUGGGAAAGUAAGAGCAAGCACCUUUACGUAGCUAAUGAAGUUGAGAAUGGCUUCGUUAGCGUGUUUGAGUGGGAUUCCAACAAGUUUACAAAAGUCGAUGAAUUUUCUGUCCAAGGUCAUAGCCCUACCAGUCUAUGUGUUCUGGAAAAUGGAGCCGUGAUCACAGCCAACUAUGGAAGUUCCUCCAUUAGCAAGAAGCAUAAGAAGAAUAAAGAAAUACCAGCUGAAGGUCACGAAAAGCCUCAUGUGUGGUAUCAUGAGGGAAAGUCUGCACAUCCAGAGCGCCAAAGAAAGUCUCAUCCUCAUCAGGUUCUGAAGCACGAGCAUUUGGUUUUUUCUGUCGAUUUAGGUCUUGACCGAAUUGCUAUUUUUGACGCUGAAACUACCUCAACAGACCCAAUAGCGGAAUUGAAGGUUCCAUCAGGAUAUGGUCCCAGACAUGCAGUUGUGCACAAAGAAUUUCCUGUUUUAUAUGUCAUCUGUGAAUUGUCAAAUCGCGUUUGUGUUUUUGAUACGAAUACAUUUGAAUGCAUUCAAGAUAUAUCCAUCCUUCCCGCAAAUGUGACUUUGGAGCAUGACCCCCAAUUUCCGCAGCCUCCCAGUGCUGCUGAAAUUGCGGUGGUUUAUGACGGACCUUUCCUUGUGGCUUCUACACGCUACCUUGGAAAUUAUGAUACCGAUACUUUGUGGGCAUCAUCCCUGGAUCCUCAUACCGGUCGUAUAAUUGAAGGUACUGAUUCGCACACAGACUUGCAAGGAAGAUGCCCAAGACACUUUAUGUUCAAUGAAGGUGCUACUUUACUGGCAGUUGCAAUGCAGGAUGAAGAUUUAGUUAAGGUCUAUAAAAGAGAACCCAAAACCAUGAAGUUAGAUCUUUUAUUCACUAUCCCCACGCCUAAGCCUACUUGCGCUGUGUUCAUUGAAGACGAAGCUCUUCAAGCAAAGUAAUAACCUGAGUAAAAUGAACUUUGAAAGACUGUGUAACGCAUCAUGUUCAAGGUUUAUAACUCAAAGACACUACAGGUUCAAUGAAUACAACUCUUAGAACCUAACCCAUCUGUGACGAUAACAUAAAUAAAUCACUUAAAAUGAAUUUUUAGUAAAUAAAAAAAUUUAUUGAUUAUUCCACUACUAUAUGGAUCAA